AUCUCGCAAAGAUGUUUGCCAGAAGGAGAUCUUUGCCGUUGUCAAUGUCGCCGACAAAAAUCGCGCUAUUAACGUGUCUCCUUAGCUGCUGCCUAUGGGCGGCCCACAUCGAUGGGGCAGCGUCUAUGUCAUUGGAACGCUUGGCCAUUGAGCGUGGUAUUGAAAUGCAACAACAACAUCAACAAGAAGUACAUGAAAAAACCAUGGAUUAUAGUGAAAAACAAGAAGAAAAAGAAGAAAUGAUGAUGGCCCCCGAGGCCAGCCAAGAUGUGAGCAAUCAAAGUGCCCUAAAUGGUGACUUAAUGCCAAGUGAUAGUGAGAGUGAAAACGAAAAUGAUUUGACAGUGGUGCCCGUGGCGGACGGACAAAGUGAUGUUUAUCUUUUGGUGCCCGCCUCGAACAGUAUGCCAGAACAUCAGCAACAACAAGAACAUAUCUUGCAAUCUCUGGCUGCCGAAAAUGAGGAUCCUGCUGCAAACUUCAAUGAGGGCUAUUCCGAUAUGGUAAUGAUGGAAAGUGAAGAUGCUCCGGUUACACAAAUUUUGGAAUUACCCUCGGUGCUGAUGGAAAUGAUGGAGGAGAGUACUACCCAAAAUGCUGAAGAGGAGGGUGAAGACAACAACAAGAGUAUGCCUUCAGCCGAAAAAGAAGCUGAAGCCUCGGAGGAACCCUCUAUGACCAUGGAAGAAGUUAAGGAAUAUACCACCGAAGCCAUGGCUAUUGCCGAAGCUGUCAAACAAAUUGAGAAGCAAUUUGAAGAGGAAGAUGAAAUGGCCCAAAUGCAAAUGGAGAAUUCUGAGGGUAUGCAGCCCAUGGAACACAAGGACAUGAUGAUGGAAUUAACUCCAGCCAUGAUGGUAGAAGAGGAAAGUCAGCCUGCUGGUGCCAGCAACGAGGGCGAGAAGGUUAACGAAAUGCAAGAUUCUAAUAACCCAGAAAUGAUUGGAGUUGUCAUGGAACAAGAAUCCACCGAAUCAACACCUUUGGAAAGCAAUGAACAGAAGAUUGCUGAAGAUUCUUCGUCUUCUUCAACUGCUGAGCAAGAAGGAAUGUCGGAAGAGUUGGAAAUUCAACCAAUUGUGGUGGAAAUUCCCGCAGAUGCUCCACCAAUAAUUUUGGAACCCAUUAAGUCCAGCGAAGAAGCAGUAGAAGAGGAGAAGGUUAAGCAAGAAGAAGACAAAAUGGAGGAUAAACCGCAAAUAAGUGAAGAAAUGAAACCCAUGCAGGACGAACUUCAGACAUCUGAGGAUAGUGAAAAGGCUGCAGAAAUAUUAGAAACCACUGAAGCCUCCAUGAAUGAUGAAGAAGCUGCUAAUGCCGCUGCUGAAGAAUCCUCAGAAAAGGUUGAAGGGGUUGCAGCUGCUGCUGAAGAAUCCUCAGAAAAGGUUGAAGAGGUUGCAGCUGCUGCUGAAGCUGAUAUGCCUGCAGUUAUUCUGACACCAGAAGCUGAUGAAACAUCUGCGGCUGUUUCUGAAGAAAUGUCAGUUAGUGAAGGGGAGUCCUCUGCAUCGCAUAGCGAUGAAAUGGCUAAGGAUGAAACCAAAGAAGACUACAACGAAGGACUUAUGGCCACCGAGACUCUCAAUGCAGAAGAAUCGGCUAUGAACGAUGAAGACAGUCAGACAACAGAAGCAGCGAUGGAAGACAGAGUACAAGAAAUGGAUUCAGCCCAUAAGGAUGAUAUGUCCUCGCCUUUGGUCAACAAUGAUGAAGAAACUGUUGCUGAAGAAACAUCUGCUGCUGAUAGUAAGGAGGAAGCCCAAGAUGAUGCCCUCCAAGCUGAUACCCACCAAGCUGAAGAAAGUCAGAUUGUUGAGGAUAUUAUCAAACCUGAGGAGGUCCAAGGUAUGCCAGCAGCUGAAGAAAACUCCUCAACUGAAGCUUCAGAAUCUCUACAACACUCCCAAGAAAGUGGUUCAGAAAUGUUGAACGAAACGAGUGAAACUGCUGAGGAGGAUCAACAUUCUGGACAAAUUUCAGAGGAAUCAAAACCAAUGGAAAUUUCCCAAGAAGAAGCGCAAGCCAGCGGAGAACAACAGCAAUUGGAAAUGUCCCAGGAGGUUAUGUCCGCUAUGGCCGAUGAAGCUGAAACUGCAACAGAAACUCAAGCAACAGCCGAAAUUCCUGCCCCUGAGGAAAUGAGUGAGUCUAUGUCCCACUCUGAGGAGCAACAUAUGGCUGAUGAAGUUCAACCCUCUUUGGAGGAGCUUAAGCCAGUGGAAAGUGAGAUGCAGGAGAUGAAUGCUGAAGAUAUGCAUUCUAUGGAAGAUAAAGAAGAAAUGUCCCAGGAAACUCAAAUUGUAGAGGAUACCCAAGCUGCCGAAGAAACUUUAGAGGCCAAACCCACACAGGUUGAGGAAUCUAAGGAAGAUUCUAAGCCUAUGGAAGAAAGUCCUUCAAUGGAAGAAACCCAAACAUUGGAAAAGGUGGAAGAAGUUCAACCAGUAAACGAAAUUCAAGACGAUGAGGAAACUACUGCAGAAGAAGUUCCACAAUCUUUGGAAAUUAUUCAACCUGCCAUGGAAUCUCAAUCUUUGGAAGCAGCUAUGAAGGAAAAGGAAUCAGAGGAUAUGCCAGCUAACCAGGCAUCUGAACCAGAACAUAUGGCAGAAAUGAAACCUGCUGAAGAAACUGAAACUAUGGAGGAUACAAAGCCAACCAACGAAGUCGAAAUCAUGGAGGAUACCAAACCUGCCGAUGAAACGGAAACUAUGGAAGAUAUUAAGCCUGCGGAAGCUGAAUCCAUGGAACAAGCCCAACCCAUUGAAGAAGUUGAAAAGAUUGAGGAAUCUAAGCCUGCUGAAGAAGUGGUAGCCGAAGCCGAAGCUGAUGAAAUUGAACAUGUGGAUGAAGCCAAACCUAGUGAUGAGAUUGAAUCUAAGCCCCUUGAGGAACCGGAAGCCAUGGAAGAAUCUAAACCUGCUGAUGACACCAUGGAAGACACUAAACCUGCUGAUGAAACUGAAACAAUGGAAGAAUCUAAACCGGCCGAUGCAGCUGAAGAAAUGGAAGAAUCUAGACCCGCCGAUGCAUCUGAGGAAAUGCAAGAGUCCAAACCUGCUGAUGAUAUUAUGGAAGAGUCUAAACCAGCUGCAGAGGUUGAGGUAAUGGAUGCAGCCAUAUCUGCUGUUGAAACUGAUACCAUGGAAGAAGUCAAGCCUGUUGAGGAAGCGCAACCUAGUGAGGAAAGUGAAAGCAUGGAGGAAGCCAAGCCUGUAGAAGAAGCUCAAGCUAUGGAGGAAUCCAAACCUAUGGAAGAAGCUCAAGCUAUGGAGGAGGUCAAACCUGCGGAAGAAGCUCAAGCCAUGGAGGAAACCAAACCUGCAGAUGACAUUGUUCUAAUGGAUGAAGUCAAACCAGCUGAGGAGACUAGACCCAUGGAAGAUGUAAAGGAGGAAGCCCCAAUUGUCGAUGAAAUUCAACCCAUGGAAGAAGAACAGAAACCUAACCAAACCCAAACAAUGGAAGAUGAAUCCAAGCCAGUUGAACCUAUGGAAGAAGAUAAACCCGCAAACCAAAACCAAUCUAUCGAAGAAAUAAAACCAGCCCAGGAAGUUGAACAAAGUGAGGAAUCUAAACCUCAGUCAGCAGAGGAAACCAUUACUCCUCAACUAAUUGAAAAUAUUCCCAUGGCCGAUGAAAUUCAAGUCACAAUGGUUGAACAACAACCAGAAGAAAAGCCCUUAGAAACCGUUGUCCAAGAAGAAACUCAACCCUCACAGCCAGCCACAAUUUUGGCCGAUGAGGAGUCCCUGCAAACCAUAGAUCAAAGUGAACAACAAGAACAACAGACCCCAACAGCAGAUGAAAUUGCCCAACAACAGUUAGCAGACAUCAAAGAUGAUGCCAUCUUAAAUGACGACAUUGACAACACUAUCAGCCAGAAUGAACAAGAACAGCCACAACCUCAGCCGCAACAGCAAUCGAAUGACAAACCUCAAGAAUCCUCUUUGCUAACCACCAUUAUUCAAGUGCCAAUCUCAGCACAGUCCGAGGAGCCAAGCAUUGCGACAACUGCAAAACCCUUGAAUGUCAUGGAUAGUGGUCUCAAUUAUGUCAAUGGCUCGUUUAUAAAUCUAGCAAAUUUGGAACAACAAUUGCAAAAUGAGGAUGCACCAUUCAGUGCCCAAUUGAGACGUUACGAUGGUGCCCAAGUUUGGCGUAUUGUUGUGCAAAAUGAUCGCGAAAGAAAGUUGGCCGAUGAACUGCAAAGCAAAUUCGAUGGACAAUUAUGGAAGGAGGUCAAACAAGAAGUUGACUACCUGUUGAAACCGCAAGUCUUAUUCGAUGCUGAACGUCACGUGAGAGCCGCCAACUUAUCGCGCAUUGUGCUCAUUGAUAACCUACAACAGGCCAUUGAGGUGGAAAAUCCUCCAGCCGAAGAAAUUGCACAAUUGCAAAAUAGAAAGGGUCAUCGUUUGACAUGGCAAGCCUACCAUCGUUUGGAGGAUAUUCAUGGUUUCUUUGAUUAUUUGGCUAAAACUUAUCCCGAUAUCUGCUCAGUGGAGACUAUAGGCUAUUCAGUGCAAAAGAGACCUUUGAAGAUUUUAAAAAUCUCCAAUGGCAACCCCACCAACGCUGGCAUUUGGAUUGAUGGUGGCAUGCAUGCCCGUGAAUGGAUUAGUCCCGCUGUGGUUACCUAUAUAGCCAAUCAAUUGGUUGAAGGUUGGGAUGAUUUGCCCAAUCAUAUGCGUAGCAUUAACUGGUACAUUCAUGCUGUGGCCAAUCCUGAUGGCUACGAAUACUCCCAUACCACUGAUCGUUUGUGGCGCAAAAAUAUGAGGUCACAUGGUCGUGCCUGUCCUGGUGUGGAUUUGAACCGCAAUUUCGGCUACAAAUGGGGUGGUAAAGGCACCUCGGCCAAUCCUUGCGCCCAGACAUAUCGCGGCAGCAAAGCCUUCUCUGAACCUGAGACAUUCUACAUUUCGAAAUACAUUAGCAAUUUCCCCAGGAAUACCUUCAAAGCCUAUUUGACAUUCCACAGUUAUGGUCAGUAUAUCCUCUAUCCUUGGGGUUAUGAUUAUCAUAUUACCAAGGAUAUGGCUGAUUUGGAUUUGGUGGCAAGGCAAGCAGGAACGACCAUUACCCGCAGAAGUGGUGUUAAGUACACUGUAGGCUCCUCAGCCAAUACCUUAUAUCCAGCUGCUGGUGGCUCGGACGAUUGGGCCAAGGGCUUUGCCGAAAUUAAAUAUUCCUAUACCAUUGAAAUGGGUGAUACUGGUCGCUUUGGUUUUGUCCUGCCUGCCUCUCACAUUGAACCCAAUGGCAAAGAUGGUUACACCUUUGUGGAGACUGUCGCUCGUGCCAUAACCAUGGGCAAAAAUGCUCGUCGGCGUAAACUUAAGGCCAAAUCUCAUCACUGAAUGCUGUUCUUAAAGGAAAGAG